UAGCGUCAAACAACAAAGAGUUCGUUCAAAGUUUAUUUGUAACUUUUUUUAAUUGGGAUUAUAUAUCUAAGUGUGAAAUCGUAGAAAUGAAGGUCUUCGUUUGCAUUUUGGCUCUCGCCUUGGCUUCUGCCCAAGCUGGUCUUUUGCCUCAUCAUGCCAAUGAAGUGGUAGUAUCACCUCACCACCACAUUGAACAUGCCAUCCAUCACGAUGACAUCCAUCAUGAUGUUCAUCACGAUGUUCAUCACAGCAAUGGCAUACACUUUGGACACUCGGCUCAGAUUGUAAUUGAUGGUUCGGAACAUCAUGCCGUCGAACACCACCCCGUCUAUCAUCAUGCUGAUCAUCAUGCCGCCGUUGAGGUACAUCACGAUGAUCACCAUGUCCAUCAUGCUGCUCCAGCUGCUCAGAUUAUCCAUCAUGAACCCAUCCACAAGGUUGAACCCGUCCACCAUGUUACCAAAGUUGUACACCAUGAACCUCACCACUUCUUGCACUACACCAACCCCGUUGUAGAUCAUCAUGUUGUCCACCAAAACCAUCAUGUUGAUGAACACCACCAUGCUGAUGAUUUGCACCACACUGAAUUGCACCAUGGUGAUGCCCACCAUCACGGUGAUUUGCACGCUGAUGUUCACCACAAUGCUGUCGGUUUGGUUCACCACGGUGAUGUUCACCAUGCUGCUGGUUUGGUUCACCAUGCUGAUGUCCACCACCACUCUGGUUUAGUCCAUCACGCUGAUGUCCACCAUCACUCCGGUUUGGUCCAUCAUGCCGAUGUCCACCAUCACUCCGGUUUAGUCCAUCACGGCGAUGUUCACCAUCACGCUGCUUUGGUCCAUCAUUCCGUUCCUGCUGUCCACCACCAUGCCGCCAUUGUCCACAAAGUCUACCCUUCCCAUCACACUCAUGCUGAUAUCUUAGCCAUUGCUAAACAUCAUUUGCAUGGCAAAUAUGGCAAGGUGAAAAUUACCGAAAAACAUUACUAAACGAUUUCAUUCCCACAAACCCCCCCACGCUUCUACGCCCUUUCGUAA